AUGGUUGGCCUUCUCAACGACACCAAACUCGCCGUCAACGACGGCCCUCUUACGUCGGAAAAUGCCGCCUUCCUGCGGGCCUCAGACCCCAGCCUCCCGCUGGACGAGCUGCGCAAGCGAUACAACGAAGACGGCUACCUCUUUCUGAAGGGACUCCUCCCCCGCGAGGACGUCCUCGACGCCCGUCGUCGCUACUUCGAGUACCUGGCUCCGACCGAAGUCCUCGAGCCGGGCACAGAUCCGGUCGAGGGCGUUUUCAACAAGAGCAAGUCCAUCGACGACUAUCCCGGUAUUGGUGCGGGCCAUGCGGCAGGCAACGGCCGUCCCGGGGGUGACAAUGCAGCGCAGUUUGUUGACCGCGCCAUUGAGGCUCAUUACAAGGACUGGUACACGGAAAAGCUCGUCCACCACCCCGACCUUUACAAGUUUAUUGCCGAGUUCACGGCCUGGGGACAGGAUACGUUGACGUUCAAGCGGACGCUUCUCCGGAACAAUAUCCCCGGGAGCAAGCCAAUCGGUGUCCAUUACGACCAGAUCUUUCUUCGGUAUGGUGAGCCGACGGCUGUGACCGCGUGGGUUCCUAUGGGUGAUAUUAAGCUCAACGGUGGGGGGUUGAUCUAUCUGGAGAAUGGCGAUGGCGUCGGCCAGAAGAUUGAAGAGGAGUUCACGAACAAGGCGAGACAGGCUGGCUUGACGGAGGAACAGGCUCGAUCGGCCUUCAACUCGAAUAUGAUGGCGACGGGUCUGCUGUCCGAGUUCCCUGCGGAAUUUGCAAAGGAACACGGUCGUCGCUGGCUUGUCUCCGCAUAUGAGGCGGGCGAUGUUGUCUUGCACAAGCCUCAUGUGAUCCACGCGUCAACAAUCAACAACGACCCUGACAAUGUUAUUCGCCUGGCUACGGAUCUACGGUUCUGUGAUGCGUCCAAGCCUUAUGAUAAGACGGGGUAUAAGCAGUACUGGAUGUGA